GCAGUGAGGUGGUAACUGACGGACGGGUGGUGUUGGAGGAGGGCGGCGUUGAGCCGGGGAAUGUGCAGCGAGGGACCGGGUGGGCGGCGGCGGCAGCAACAACAGCAACGGCAGCUCCAGUUCGGAAUCGGUGGCAGCCCAGAGCAGCCCAGCUUCCCGGAGCGGACGAGGGCUGCCGGAGUCGGUGUCUGGGCGGGAAGGGCAAGAGCGAGUUUUGAAGUUGUUUCCGAGGUGGCGGUUUGAUGUCGUGGCUCACCUGGUGAUGGUGUGAAGGGAGCGUUUCAGCAUCUUGGUUAAGGGAGGGAGGCUGUCCUGCCUUACCUGGCCCUGACCGGUCCACUCUCAUCACUCAGGCUAAGACUGACAAACUUCUGACCUGCUUGCAAACAACGGGUACAUAAAGCUGCCUUCUCUUCUCUCAAUCCAUGAUGAGUGCCAAAUUGGCUAUCAGUAAAGAAAUCUUUGCUCCACACGAUGAACGCAUGCUUGCAGCAGUCCAGGUCAAGCGAAGAACCAAAAAAAAGAUUCCAUUUCUUGCAACAGGAGGUCAGGGGGAGUAUAUGACCUACAUCUGCCUGUCAGUGACCAAUAAGAAACCAGCACUGGUGUCCAUUACCAAAGUCAAGCAGUUUGAAGGCUCGUCAUCUUUUGUGAGAAGGUCACAGUGGAUGCUUGAUCAGCUCCGACAAGUGAAUGGCAUCGAUCCCAACAGGGAUUGUCCUGAUUUUGAUCUAGUGUUUGAGAAUGCCUUUGACCAGUGGGUUGCAAGCACAGCCUCUGAGAAGUGCACUUUCUUUCAGGUCCUUCACAAUAUUUCUCAGCGAUAUCUUGCAGACAAGAAGCCAGAGUUCGUCAAUUGCCAGUCUAAAGUGUUGGGAGGAAAUAGUAUCUUGAAUUCAGCUGCAGACAGUGUUACUAGUGCAGUCCAGAAAGCCAGCCAAGCCUUGAAUGAACGGGGUGAAAGGUUAGGCCGAGCUGAGAAGCAGACUGCAGAAAUGAUGAACAGCUCCCAGCAAUUUGCUGAAACUGCGCACAAGCUUGCAAUGAAGCACAAAUGUUGAGCAGUUGCCAAACCAUUUGAGAGUUGUGUCCAGGGUGAUCUUCACGCAGAGUGACAGAAGUUUGUUAAUGUGCAUUUCCUUUAAUGGAAAGUUAAUUUCUUCAAACUUGAUGCUGCCAAUACAAGAAUAUAUUACAAUAUUUUUAAAAACUUAAUUAGCAAUGUUUAAUGAAAUACAAAACAGUCUCUUGAUCUUUUUUUCAGUAUCUUAGAUAUCAGGCUGUUCAUAGCCCUGAAUGAUUGUAACUGUAGGCUUUCAACUUAGACAGCUUUUAAUUAAUGUAGUAUUGUAUUACACAGUAGUGAUAGAAUUUCAGUAAUGAUUUUUUAAAACUUAUUUAAAUCUUGAUAAACUGUACCGUGGCAGAAAAUCUUUGUUAUAGGAAUUGGACUUUUCAAACUAUAAUGUCACUCGAACUGUGACUGAGCAAUAUGUUAUGUCUAUUUUUAAUGACGUGACUCCUAAUUUUAAAACAAUCCAGUCAUUGUCCAAUUACUGUGAACUGUACACUGAGGCACUCGUUCUGGCUCAUGAGGAAAACUAGGAUGUUGCAGAGCUACAAACGCAAUGUAGGAAACUCAGUUUUUCAACCUGUGUGGCAAUUAGCACGAGUACAUUAUUGAAUAGCAUAAUGAAAAAUAAUUUGGGUAAAUGUUUCAUAUUGAAUUUUUUCUGUAAAAUGUCACAAACUUACGUAGAUUAUGAUAAGAGUGUCACAUUUAGCCACUGGUGUUUUGUAACAGUAAAACACUGCAGGUAGACUGCUAGUACAACUCCUUUAAAAACCAAAAGGCACUCCUGACAGUUGAUAACUGUUGUUAAUUCUGACUACAGCAGAAUGUGUUCUGCAAAGUUCUGUGCCUGUCUGUUCAGUGGGUGGGUAAUUGCUCUGUUCUACUGUUUCCAACCUUGGAUAUCAUUAAAACAUUUCAAUUGUGCAAUAUGUCUUUUUGUAUAAAGUUAUGUUGUACUGUAACAGCUAAAAUACUUAACAUGUUUGAUCUAAUAGAGUUUUCAAAAGAUUAACCUUGAAAUAAAUCCCUUGAAACAUGCCUAGGGAGCUUGCUUUUUUUUUGCAGGCAAUUUUGGAAAACCAAGUUCAUCUGCAAUCUCAUGCACAAUGCUAGUCCCUGAUUUCCUGUUAAGUUUAUUGUAAUUGUCAGAUUUCUGUAUUUUUAUGCACUGGAAAUUGCACAUCCUGGAAUAGUGUAGAACAAUCUGGCUUGGGUCCCACGUGAUUGUGUCUACCUUAGAAUUAAAUUUCAAUCAUCGAAUAUGUCACCAGAACAUCUACAGCAGUGUAUCCUCCCC